ACGGCAUUACAACCCAUGAAUGUGUGUUGUUUUCUGCAGGGUAAGAAGCAAGAAUUGCGAUUGGAGUCACUUGCUGCUUUAGAGAAAACUUUACGGAGUUCUCUGACUGUUCUGGGGAUCAUGCCAAGUAGUUACUCAGAGGCUUUGCAGCAGCUGAGGGAGAAAGCAUUAAAGCGCGCCAAACUGACCGAAGAUCAAGUUUUUCAUAAAAUAGAAGAGAGGGCCUCAGCGAGAAAAAACAAAGAGUAUGAGAGAUCUGACGCAAUACGAAAGGAAUUGGCGGCUCUAGGCAUUGCUUUGAUGGAUAGCCCAGAAGGGACAACUUGGAGACCAACUAUUCCAUUUGCAUUUCAGGAAGAGCAGUUUGCCACAACCUGAUGGCUUUGAUGGAAUAGUUAUUUAUUUAUUUAUUUUGGAUAAAAUAUGAAGAAGCACAAUUUGUAGGAACAUUUUGUUUGAUAUAAAAAGGUUGCCAGCGGCAAUUUUUAUGGUAA